AUGCUGGCAGAAGUUAAAGCUCGUUAUGCAUAUUAAGAAAGUAAUUUCAAGUGCCAGCACCUGUGUUAGAAGGCAUUCCCAUUAAAGCCGACCCCAGGAAGCUCCUGUAGUGAGUCCUUUUAGGGUUUUACAGGGUACUUAGAGGCUACCUGGACUGGAGCAGGUGGCCUGUGCAGCGUGUCGGCUACUGCUGCUUGUGGCGGACCCCUUCCUGCGCUGUCCCUGUCCCGCACAACUCUGGCCUCCCAUUCCCUGACCUGAACAGGGUGGCUGUGGAGAUGAGAGCAGGGCAGGUGCUGCUUGUGCUGUUGGCUGCCUCAGCAGUGAUGCCUGCAAAGGACCCAUUGCUGAAUGUCUGUAUGGAUGCCAAACACCACAAAACCAAGCCUGGCCCAGAAGGGACGCUGCAUGGCCAGUGUGCUCCCUGGAAGGACAAUGCCUGCUGCACAGCCAACACGAGUUCAGAAGCCCACAAGGACCAGUCUUACCUGUACAACUUCAACUGGAACCAUUGUGGGGUGAUGCCAUCCAAGUGCAAACGCCACUUUAUCCAGGAUACAUGCUUGUAUGAGUGCUCACCCAACUUGGGACCCUGGAUUGACCAGGUUGACAGCAGCUGGCGUCGGGAGAGGAUUCUCCAUGUGCCACUCUGCAAAGAGGACUGUGAGGAGUGGUGGGAGGACUGCAAGGACUAUGUCACAUGCAAAGACAACUGGCACAAGGGCUGGAACUGGGCAACAGGAACAAACCGCUGUCCUUGGGGCUCCAUAUGCAGGCCCUUCACCCAAGUGUUCCCUCAGCCAAAAGACCUGUGUGAGAAGAUCUGGUCCAACUCCUACAAAUAUACCACAGAGCGUCGAGGCAGUGGACGCUGCAUCCAGAUGUGGUUUGACCCUGCCCGGGGGAACCCCAAUGUGGUUGUGGCAAAGUACUAUGCUUGGAAGAAGAGAUCCUCUCCUGUGGGGAUGGAGAAUGUGACUCCUGAGGCUGACUAGCCUAGGACCCUGGCUUGAGAAAGGCCGGAAGAUGUUUUUGGCCUUCAUGCAGAGUAUGAGGCUUGCACUGUCUGACCCAGCUAUGGAUGGGGAAGAGGAAGCACCUGGACCUACUUUCUGUGACAGUGGUCUCUGUGAGGGACAAAAAUAAAACAUCUUACACAUGAGCAGGUUUGCUUUCCAAAGAAAAUCCCAUUUGGGCAGCUCCCUCCUAUCCACAGGGUUCUUGUCCAUGCAAAUUCUAGUCAGCUCUGCCAUUGUGCCAAAACAACACUGGGUACCUGUCUCCUAUAAGCAUAGUGGAAUCCCCUUCAGGGAUGGUGUGGACCCUGGAGGGUGAUCUGACCUUGCUGUUCCCAGCCAUGUGCAGUUCUAUCCUUUGAAAGUUGCUCUGGACUCAGUUGCAAGUUGACUGCAGUGUCACAUCUCCUGCUUUAUGAGAAGCUUUUUUGGAGACACUCACUGGGCAUUUUACCAGUUCUAUUGGUACUAUUCCUGUGCCUGAUAAUGGCAAGAUAAUUUUGCCUGCUGCAUGAUAUCUGGGCAAGUUGGUCUGCAGCUAGUUAGGAGGUUUUGUCUGUUCUUCUGUCCCAUGUCCCCCGUCUCCCCCCCCCCCCCCCCCCCUCCUUUGUAUCUUACAUCUUGCUGGGAGAGGGUCAUGCUGCUGUGACUGCUGACAGCAGGAAACUUUUCUUGCUUUCCAGGCUAGGCUACUCCCCUCCAUUUUUACUGUGUGAGGUGUAGGGAAGGGAUCUUCAUUUAAACCCUCCUGUUGUGAUGUACUGCAGAGCAUCCAUGCCUUCAUGAAACAGCAGUGGUUUGCAGCAAGCCCUUGUUAAUCUUGACCGGCAUUGCUGGGAUGGAAGAUGGCUGUAAUUUGCUCUCCAUCCCAUUUUCUUCUCCUUGUGCCAGUCGUGAGGAUCUGCAUAAUCCUGUCUGCCACCAGGACUGAUCUGAGCCUCUACGAGCUCAUGUACAAAUUCUUAUGUUUAAUAAUUUUGUUUGUCCCCAUCAAUUUGGGGUUUGUCUCUGUCUACAAUGCUAGAUGUGAGUAUUUGGUAGUUUGAAGCAACUGGAUUUUCUUUUUGUCCUCAAGGAUCAGCACUGAAUUAGAGGAGGAUCUAUAUAAUGUUUGUUUUGCUACCAUGUGACUUUGGAUCAGUCCUACAUCCUUUGGGCAUGUUAGACUGACAACUCCAAUGCUGCGGGAGGUCCACAGCUGCUCUCCGCAGCAGUGCUUUGGAGCACUGUGCGGUCAGUGCCCUGGGUGCUGCAAUGAGGGGCUCUGCACAGCCAAGCCCACAGCAACCCUGGGCUGGUAGGAAUUGGGUAGUGUUUUGACAGGGAGCCCAGGUGAAAAGGGGCAGGGGGGGAAACACACUCCCACUCAAGGAGUUAAUGUGUUGAGGAGCUUGAUGGUGUCUGAGGAGGGCAUCAGGUUGGGAAAACAGGUUGCUCUUGCAUUCUGACUUCUUUGGUAGUAGGAAAUGUCGGUGUACGCAGGGAAAUGCCAGCACAGCAGAGCUGUUAUAGUGGUCUGCUGAGGGCAAAAGGGCAGCCAGUUGAGCAGCAGGGGUGCCCACACCCCAGCUGUCCUCUUGCAGUUUGUGAUGGUGUAGGUACAGAAGGGGGCAGGCAACAGGCCUCUGGCUGUGGGUAGGCAAUGGCUAUGUCCCUGGGGGAGAUGGAACUGGGCUUGAGCAGGUCCUGAGAAACAAGACAGGCUCUGCAGUGCCAGAGACAGGUGACUUUCUGUGCUGGAAGAUGUGCAGCUCCCUGAAAGCAUGUGAUAAUGGUGGGAGGCCUUGCAGCGAAGGGAAUGGUUCAGCUGAGCUGGCUGGGACCUACAAAGAUAACCUAGUCUAUCUGCCUGACCUCUUCAGGACUGAUCAAAAGUUAAGUUACUGUAUUGGUUUUACCCUGCUGAAUUCCAUCACACUGCUUUCUUAUUCCCCUUCCUCAAAGGAAAAGGGGGGGAAAAAUACAAUGGAAAAGGGCUCACCCACCCUCUUUGCCCCAAACACUGCAGGGGAACAGGGAAUGGGGGUUGCAGUCAGUCCAUAACACUUCAACAUCUGCUUCUGCUUCAU